AUGAAUAAAUAUACUCUAAUUACUUUAGGAGUUUGUAUGCUUAUAGUUAAUGGGUUUUUGAAUAAGCAUACCUUUUAAUUAUCUAACCACUAAACUGGCUUUGAUUUAUCUCUGUGUGCCAUCUAAAAAUGCUUCGAUUACUAGUAUAAAUGCCUCUCAUAAUAAGACUGCAUAGAAGAAGCUAGUAUUGUUACCUAGAAUUAUAUGAAUGAUCCAACAAAUUUCAUCAACAUUUUUUAAAAUGUUAAAAAUACCAAUUUGUCUAGUGAAAUAAGAUGCCAAAAAGAAUAAUGUAACAUUUAUGAUUAUUUGUCAAAAUGUGCUGAAAGUGACGUCUACACCAAGAAAUGUUUUGCAGGCUAAGAUACUUAAUGCAUUAAUGAAAACAUGGAAUACUUUGAAGAAUUUAAAGUAUGUUAGACAAACUAAUAUCAAUCUUGUAGUAAAUAUACUGACAAAGAAGCUUUUACUUAAUGUUAAAGUGAAUAGGUAUUAAAUUGUGCUAGAAAAAUUAGUCAUAAAGCUAAAGGAAAGCUUGCAGAAGCAUUAUAAUGCUAUUGA